CAGACAACAGCGAACAAGCCUAACUAAGCCCUCUCUCUCUCUCUCCCUAUCGACGGCCGGCCACGUGCUCCCCUUCCUCCUCGCCGCCGGUCGUUUAGCUUAGCUACGCACCGCGGCGUACGUGCAGUGGAGCAAGGAGCUUGGAUCAUGGCGUCGGCGAACCACGGCAACACGGGGAGGCGCAAACCCUCGGUGUGGAACGACUUCCACCCCGUCAUCGUCUCCGGCCCCGCCGGAGAGCGUGCCAUGGCGACGUGCAACAGGUGCGGCACCAAGCUACAAGCCUGCUCAAAGAAGCACGGGACCUCGCACCUACGCCGGCACGCCAACAGCAGCUGCUGUGAGAAGCGGGCGGCCCUACGGGAGGCGGCGGCGGCGCCGGCUGACGACGACGACGGCCUCGACGUGGCCGCCCUACGGGAGGCGGCGGCGGCGCCGGCUGACGACUACGACGGCCUCGACGUGGCCAAGUGGGUGGUGGAGUGGGUGGAGGAUCUUCGGGUUGUGCCUGAGGUCGACUCUGCCGGCCGCAUCAUCUUCGAAAGAGGGGACGAGCUAGUGGAUGCUGGCGGCCAUGCGCCGGCCGCCGGAGAUCAUGGACGCCUUUCCGCCAACUUCAUUCAAGAUGCGCUGCCUCAGGCACCGGCUUCGUCCUCCACGCGCUUCUUCCAGAAGAAAAGAAAGAGGCAAGUGUUACGUGCCCAGUGAUCACAUGUUCUACAAUACUCCCUCCACCCUAUAGCACUAGUGUAGUGUUAAAAAAGUUUUUAUAUUAUGGGACCGAAGGAAUAUUCCAUCAGUAGCUUAAUUAGUAGCUUAAUUACCCACUACGACAUCAGUAGCUUAAUUAACCACUUCAUAAUUGACAGCCAUUGACCAUUUGUCCAUUUCCAACUGUAAAUGUGCAGGUCUAGGUCUGCAAGCUUGGGUUCGCACCAAGGAGAGACGGCGGACAACGACCAUUCUUCUGGUGCCAAGGAGGACUGGGCGUUGACCUUUGACAAGUCGAUUAUCUCCUUGGACCUUACUUUUGGAUAUGGUGAUAUAUGGUGACUGAUUCAUGCUCUCUUGUAAAGAAAUUUAGAUCAGGGAGUUGUAUAUACUCUUUUGGAUAUAUACUGAUUGGUUGACCUAGAAUAUUUAUUUAUUUAUUAAUUCGUUUGACCUGUUAACAUUGGUUUCAUUCUUUA